CUCCCUCUCUUCCUUCCUACGUACUCUCUCUCCGCUCCUCCUCUGCCAUCUCCACCUCUUUCUCCGUCACGCGCCCAUGCGACAAUUCAAGCCCGGACCAACAAAGGAUUUAUCGUAUGUAAGAUUGCCUUGUCCCGACAUCACCAUUCACAGGGCUGAACCGCCCUUCGCUUCUCCCUCGCGCGAAACACCUCCCCACCUCGCUACGUCACUGGGGAGCUGCUCAUCUGUCGUUUCAUCUACUAUCUCGUUUCCCAUAGUAGCCUCUCUCUCUAGCCAGCUAGUAUAUUACAUACUCGCAACGCACGGUCUGCCCCGCUGCUACCCUACUCGACGCCACAUUGCGCCAAAUAGAGCCAGCACAACGCAUCACGACAUCCGGGACGCCUCUUCCAUGGCGCCGGCCGCCUGCCCUGUCGAGCCACACUGGCGGGUAGCCACCAUCCGACGCGGCCCUGGGCCAUCCCAGUCCCCGCAAGGCUGGCCGCUUCCAUGGAAGCUUCUUCUGCCCUACGGCCGUGGUGUCUACUUGUUAGCGACGCCGUAGCGACUUCGUAUCUGGACCAUGACUAAUGCUCCGAAACGUGGACAAGGAGUUCUCCUCGUCCCCGGCAAUUGCUAUACAUAUCG